UAUCAGGGCCACAUGCGGUGUCGGAAAGGGAAUUGAAAGCGAAUGGAUGUAGGUGGCAGUAGUCAGGGGUGGACAGAAUAGCAAUAACUCAACGAUGAUCAAUAAAUUGGUGUUUCAGGCAGCCCAUGGGCCCUGAGGCUGGGGUUGGCUGUGUUUUGCGGCCAUCUUUAAUACGAGUCGCGCACUUGUCCUCUCUUCACUUCUCUUUCUCUUUCACUUGCAGAAUCCCAUCCACUCUGUACAAUUGAACCUCCUGUCCCUCUUUCAGGCCGCUGUGUACAUUUCCGGAGUUGCUGCUCUUUUCCCUUACACAUUCCGUCACUCAGGAGUUUCGUUCCCCUUGUUCCUGACCACGAACCCCGCUAUUUCCCUUCCCCAAGUCAGAGCAACAACAUCCCCUUUUUAAAUACCACAUUACCCCCAAUCGAACCACCAACAACAUCACAACCCCCUCCCACUCAACACAAUGACGAACCUCACCAAUAACAACUCCGCUGCUGCUCCCCAGCAGCAGCAGCAGCCCCCCGCCGCCGCCGUCAAGACCAGCACGCCCAACGAAGACAACGCCACCGACCCCCUCCUCUUCCCCACGACCCUCGUCUCCCCGGAGGUCACCGCGGCCCUGCCGGCGAACUACACGAUCCGGCCCGUGCGCCGCUCCGACUACCAGCGCGGCUACCUGGACGUGCUGCGCGUGCUGACGACCGUCGGCGACAUCACCGCGGCGCAGUGGGACGCCCGCUACGACUGGAUCUCCGCCCGCAACGACGAGUACUACCUGCUGGUCAUCUGCGACGGGGCGGGCCGCAUCGUCGGCACGGGCAGCCUGAUCGUCGAGCGCAAGUUUAUCCAUCAGCUGGGCAUGGUCGGCCACAUCGAGGACAUCGCCGUCGACAAGGACCAGCAGGGCAAGAAGCUGGGCUUGCGGCUCAUCCAGGCGCUGGACUUUGUGGCUGAGAAGGUCGGGUGUUAUAAGACGAUCCUCGAUUGCUCCGAGUCGAAUGAGGGGUUUUACCUUAAGUGUGGGUUCAAGCGGGCGGGGUUGGAGAUGGCGCACUACUACUAGUGAAAGGCUUGGUGGUGUGGGCGGCGUGUGAAUUUUUUUUUAGUUCAGUUAAAGGGGGUUGCUAUUCUCUUCGGGCGUUUCGUAUAGAAUUCGGGGUCAUUCCUGGGUAGUCGCGGG